CCGAUUUUCGACGACCGCGUUCACGACUUGUGCGGAUUUCCGGUGACCGAGGCAGCCAACGUGCAGCAGACCAUCGCUGGAUAGGUCGCUCGAGCCAUUCCGUACGGACGCGGACCGAGAUAAAAACGGUCCGGAUAUGUGCUCGCACAACUACCCGCCACGGAAGACGACCGGCUUCAUCACAACUUGCGCGCGCGUGCUGCUGCUCCUAGGGCCGGUGCUCGGUGGAUAUUGUGGAGUCGUUACCGCCGUGAAGCCAAGGCAUUCCCCGCACUUGGAUCCGCACUGGAACGAUUUCAAGGCGGAACACAAUAAAACGUAUUUGUGGACCAACGAACAUCACCACCGGUCCGCGUGGGAGGAUAACUUCCAUCACAUUAACCGACACAACGAGGAGGCGAGAGGAGGCAAGCACAAUUACACCUUGGACUUGAAUCAUUUGGCCGACAUGCCCAGACAUCUGUACAACAGACAUUUUACUAGUCUUUCGACCAGCAGAUUGAGAAUGACCGCCGAUAUCCUCGAUCCUCCUCAACAUCAUACGAGUUCAUUACCAGAAGAGAUAGAUUGGAGAGAAGAAGGAUUUAGUACACCAGGUUGGAAUCAAUUGCAAUGCGGUGCAUGUUACGCAUUUAGCAUUGCUGCUAUGCUAGAAGGACAACUGUUUAAAGCUACAGGAAAACUGCACACACUGAGUUCCCAACAAAUUAUCGACUGUUCAAUCGCAUAUGGAAAUCUUGGUUGUUCCGGCGGCUCGUUAAGAAAUACAUUAGUGUAUCUUAAGAAAGUUGGAGGUAUUAUGAAAGGAUUAGAAUACACCUAUAAAGCUAAGAAAACAUUGUGCCAUUUCAAAAGGUUUAGAGCUGUAGCUCAAAUCUCGAAAAUUUCAAUUUUGCCAGCAAACGAUGAACACUCAUUAAAAGUAGCCGUGGCGCUUGUCGGGCCGAUCAGCGUGUCGGUCAACGCAAGUCCGAAAACAUUCCAACUAUAUUCAUCCGGAGUGUACGACGAUCCAGCGUGCUCGGACAACACAAUCAACCACGCCAUGCUGCUGGUCGGUUACACGAAAGACGCUUGGAUCCUGAAGAACUGGUGGAGCUCGAAGUGGGGCGAUAACGGUUACAUGUACAUGGCCCGCGGACGGAACCAGUGCUCGGUGUCCAGCUACGCGGCCUACGCGACCGUGUCGUUGCCGCCCUCACAGCAGCACCGGCCGGAACAAUAGUCUUUCGACGUUAUCAGCCGGUGUUGCCGCGAUAACGUUAACUAAAUAGCGGUUUUGCAAAAAUAUCCGUACUCCGCGACUGUCGUUUUUUAUUUAUUUUUUUCUUCGGCAUUAUUGUGAAACAGUUUAAACCGUUAUACAUCGACAUCAUACGCGUCACGAAAGAACGUUUAAAUGUGCACGUGUUAUGUGAUCGAUCGUACUGCUCACCGGUAGCGCCCACAGGUUUUCCACGGACCGGUGAAAUUACAAUUGUAGGGCCCCCAGAUCUAUUUCGGUCUAUACGACCGUAUUUGUUUGAAUAAAAUAUUUAUUUUACGAAUGCAUUUUUUACCUUAAACAGUUUUGAAAAAAUUGC